AUGGGGAGGGGGAGAGUUGAGCUGAAGAGGAUAGAGAACAAGAUCAACCGCCAAGUUACUUUCUCAAAGAGGAGGAAUGGUUUGCUCAAGAAAGCUCAUGAGCUUUCUGUGCUUUGUGAUGCUGAGAUUGCUGUCAUCAUUUUCUCUAGCCGUGGCAAGCUUUAUCACUUUGGAAGCUGCAACGCGGGAAUAAACAAAACAAUAGAGCGAUACCAGGGUUGUCGCAUCGAUCCUCACGACAACAGCACUGAACAUGAAACGUCACAGAUCUGGUACCAGGAGAUAUCAAAACUAAAGACUAAAUAUGAAUCUCUUCAGCGAACUCAAAGACAUUUGCUUGGAGAAGAUCUUGGACCAUUGAGCGUGAAAGAGUUGCAAACCCUUGAGAAACAGCUUGAAGGAUCUCUGCAACUUGCUAGGCAAAGGAAGACACAAGUUAUGAUAGAACAAAUGGACGAUCUUCGCAAAAAGGAGCGACAGCUUGGAGACCUCAAUCAGCAGCUUAAGACCAAGCUCGAGGCGGAAGGAUACACUCUGAAGGCAAUCCAAAACUUAUGGAGCUCUAGCUCUGCAGCUGGAAAUAGCCAUUUUCAUGUUCAUCCUUCUCAAACCAACCCCAUGGAGUACCAAUUACCCGAGCCUAUCUUACAAAUAGGGUACAAUCACUAUGAUCCAUCUGAGGGAUCGUCUGCUGCAAAGAACAUGGCUGGUGGUGAUCAUAACUUCAUCCCAGGAUGGGCUCUUUCAACACCCUUCAAAUUUUAA